AUGUCUGCCGAGGCGACCAGCGGCGCGACCGCCGCGAGGGCGGAGAGACUCGCGGACGGGCAUCUUGGCCUGACAGCCCCAGAGAGAGAGCGGCGCCCAUCGGGCUGUCUUUCUUGCGCAGAGGAGGCAAACCGGCCGCCGCGCGAGACAGAGACUCUGGAGGGCGAGGUCGCGACGCCCCGAAUUGCGAGUCUGCCGUCUGCCGCGUCUCCGCGGGCGCAAGAGGCGGCGGAAAGAGACACCGGCGGCGCUUUCGGCGCGGAAGCUGGCGAGGCAGACGCGCACUCGCCAGGCUCCCUCGGCGUCGCUCCCUCGCGGUUGCCGCUGUCUCCGGCCUGCAGCGAGCCGCGCGGCGUGAAGGCGUACUACAGCGGGGAUGACAACUGUCGUGCGACUGACGAGAAGGAAGCGCCAAUGGAGUCCUUUCCCGACUUCGCCUGUGAGAAGCCGCCUCCUGCGAGGGGGCGCGAAGCCCGAGAAAGUGGCGAGGACGCCGAAAGCGGAGGAGGCGAUGAUCCCCAAGAAGCAGCGAAUGGGGCGGUGAGAGAAGCCGCGCAGGCGCGGGUCGCCUUCGCGUGUGAAGGGAAGGACGCGGACGCGCCGCAAGGGGAUGACGCCGUGAGAGGAGACUGCGCGGCAUACCGCGAGCCAGCAAGGGAGCCACGCGAAGAGGCACGAGAAGAGAGAGAAGGCAACCUGUCAACCGAAAUCGCGGCGGAAGAGGCUGAGGAGCUCAGGCGAGGGUGCCAGAGGCGAGACCUUGAGAAGCAGAGACUCGAAGGAGGGAACCCGGACGCGCACGAGGAGGACGCGACGGCGGAAGGAGAUGAGACGAAACGAGCAGGGGAAGAAGAUCAUCCUUCGAAAAAAGCACGAACAGCCUCACAUGAAUCUCAAGCCGAAACUCCACAUUCCUCCUUACAGACCGAGAAGGCGGAAGAGGCGACAGGAACGCUUGAGAGGAAUCGCGGCUCGUCAUGUGAAGAAAGCGAACCAGCGCGCGAAGAGAAGAGUCCUGAGAGAGCCGCUGAAGCACGCAGUCAAAACGAGGCGAGAAACGAGAGACACAACGAAACAAGCAAUCCUCCAGUCUGCCAAGCGGGGCCGGAGGGAAGGGAAGAAAGGACGCAGAGCGAACCGGUCCAUAAUGAAGAUGAGCAGCUCGAUGGGGAGGUGAAUGCCAGCGAGCCACCAGCGCAAAGAGGAGACGCGCAGCACACACUCUCCAAAGAAGCGCGCGAGGAGGCAAUGCCGCAAGGAGAGAGAGGCGAAAACGAAGCACGGCUGGAACAGAGACAGCACCUCGCCUCUGAAGACGCGGAGGAGAAAGCCGAGCGCAGAGCCGAAGGCGAAGCAGGAAGCAGCGCCUCAAAGACAGCCGGAAGAAAAACACACUCGGAGACGAAGCAGGGAAAAGCGACUCAAAGGCAGCCGAAAAAAGAAGAAGAGACUCGGAGUGAAGGUGACAAGAGGUCGCACACAGAGGAGACACUUGCCUCAGAUCAGACGCUGGAAAGAGAUGAGGGGGAGAAGAAAGCUCACGGUGCUCUAACUCAGAUUCUCGCCAAGAGAGACAAAGAGGAAAUCCAAAAUGGCAAACACAACCCACCCGGUCAGACAGACAGAAGCGAGACGAUUGGAGCGCAGGGAGAGCUUCAGAAGCACAAAGAGAAGAAAGUGAUACAUGCUCACGGAGAGGAGAAAGAGCGACAGACGCACAAAGAGAAGAAGAGGCGACACGCUCACGAAGAGAAUACAAAUCUUUCUCUUGUCCUCAGCGGGAUCCGAGAGAGGCUGACGCACGAAAACGAGAAAACAAGAGAUAAGUAUGGAAGCGAGGAGCCCCUCCAGCGCGAUGACACACCAGCAGAAGAGCACCUCAACAGGGAUCAGGGGAGAAACCCAAUCGAGACAGAAGGCCUCACGGACGCAGACACGUCUCCUUCCCAACAUCCGGCGUUGCCUCUUUCGCAGCGGAAUCUAUCUUCUCUCAGCAUCGACGAGUCUGGCGCAGGGCAGAGGGAAGGCGACGGCGGAGAAGAGAAGAUGCAAACUCCACAGAAGGAAAGCGAACAGCGAGAAAGUGCCGCUGCUGGGAGAGAGCCUCGCGCCACGGAAACGUGUGGGAAGACGACAAGCGGCAGGGGAUGCGGCGCAUCAAGUGAGGGCUCGUCUUUCUCUCUCUCUCGUUCUCCCCCCUCAACUCCCUCAGCUUCCUCGCUCGCCAUGGCUCCUGCGCCGCCGGCUUCGUCCGCAUCUUCUGCCUCAGGAGCGGAGUCUGCAGGCCCUUCUGCGUCUUCGCCUUCUUCGCCUGGCCUUUGCGCCGGUAUGUUGCAUCGGCGUUCCUCUGAAGAGAGCGGAUUCGCUUCACCCGAGUCUCGUUCGCGCGUGGCAAGCGCCUCCUCGCGUUCCCCUCCCCCGGCAGGCGCGUCGAACCCUCGCCGCUUGAGGGCCUUUGAUGCGGAGGCGGCGCAGGAGUCGUUUUCGUCGUGUCUGCGCUCUGCCUCAUCGGCCUCUUCGGCGCCGCUUCGCAGCGUGGCAGCAGACCCCCUGCCGACCCCAGCCGGCGACGGCGAGGGCACGGAAGCAGAAGCGGUGAAAAACCGCGAGAAAAAGCGAGAAAGCGCGAAGACAGACGAGGUGCGCAAAGCGCGAGCGCCGGCCGUCUUUCAAUCAGGCGCAAGCGGCGAGCGAAGAGGGCUAGAGACCGAAGACUGCCGCAGCGAAUCGACUCGAGAGCAACUCGAGGGCUGGAAAAAACUCGCCUCGACAGGCGGAGCCCAGGAAGCUGUAAAUCAGACGCAGGCUGAGUUGGAAGGCGCAUCCUUCCAGAUGGAAGAAGAGAAAAGCAGAGAGACAACUGCCCUAGAGCCAGAGGAAGAGCGCGAAGGGGCUGCCGCACACUCCGCUGAACCUCGUGAGAAAGCUCCUGGGCGGGAAGUUAGACAGGGAGAGAGAGACAGCCACGAAGCCGCCACACAAGACGAGAAACGACAAAGCGAAGAGACAGACGCAACACCCAGAGAAGAAAGGCGCACUUCAAAGGAGGCCAAAAAAAGAGCGAUGCGCGUGGUAACGAACAGCAACGCUGAGACAGAGAUCCACGAAGGAAGCGGAGGCGGGGGUCCAGGCGAAAGCGCUGCAGGCCGCAGGAUAGACAGAGGAGAAGAAAACCGCGCAGAAGGAAGACAGCCUGCCACGCCUAAUGGCGAUCAAGCAGUUCGCGGACAACGAAGCAAAGUUCAGGAAGGAAUGACUCUCGACAGCGGCCUCGCGUCCCCAGACGCCGAGGCUGCAGCGGGGGAGGCAGGUGCGAACACCAUCUCGACGCGAGAAGGGCGAAUGCAGAAGGUAAAAAGCAACACCAAGGGAGCGAGUGCGGCUGAGGCGGCAGACGCCAGACCUCCGGUUGAAGAGGAAGGGAGUGAGAACGCACCCUGCGAAGGGGUUCGCCUGAACAAGGAGAAAGACAAAGAAAACGCCUCUGAGCGGAGCUGCUCUAUACCUCCCGCUCAAACCCUGUGGGCUGCCCACGCCACCGAGGAGACGAAAGAGACUCGCGAGGAGAAAAGUCAACGCGGACAAAGUGUAGACCCUGAGCUCUCGCAGACCGGGGGCUCGACGAGGGAAGGCAUAGGCGGAAAAGCGCCAAAACACCGCGCCGCAGAGAAAAUCCGCUCCUCUGAUGAUAGACACGCGGCGAGACGCCGCGCUGAUCCACGCCCAGAGACACCUCGAGAGAAGGGCGAAUGCCGCGAAGCCUGCAACAACGAAAUCCACUCUGCUUGCACUCAGAGGAACUGGAAACCCCGAGACGAGACGCAACACGACAACAGCGGGAAAGGCAGCUGCGCGCCACAAGAGAGAGGCUGUCGAGCAACUCCCGACAUGAACCGCGAAGAGACUCAGCCGAACUACAGCGACGGCCGCGCGGAGAGUCGCGCGGCAAGUGACAAUGGCUGCGAGAUGAGCGCGGAAAUCGAACCACGUCCUCGCCCCCCAACUUUUCCUGAGGCUUCGCCGUCGUCCGAAACCCCUUCGCUUUCCGCGGCCUGCAAAAGCGCGUCUCUGCCCCGCUCUAUUUGUGUCUCAAUUGUCGAUGUGGAAAGGUUCCAGGCGGAGGAGGGCUGUCAGGCCUCGGAUGCGGCGCCGCGCAGUCCGCCUCCGUCUUCUUCUUCUCCUGGCUCAGUCGCGAGGCAUCCGCGGUCUUCGCACCUCUGUCGUUCUUCUCGGCGAGUCUCUUCUGCAACAGUUUUGCGCCACCUUCCAGAAUCCCCUUUUCCCGCCCCCUCGGGCGCGUCGUGCACUUCAACUCCGCCUCCAUUCUCUGCCCCAGAGGCGCCUCGUGCGAGUUGCUCUCGCCCCUCGCGAGUCGCCGCAGCUGCGCCGGAGGCGGAGGGGAGGAACACGCAGACUGAACUAAAGAAAAACGAAGCCAAAGAAAGAGAAAGCGAGGCUCAUCCUGCGCAGGAAGUUAGCAAAAGAGAGCGGAGAGGAAGAGAAGAAAACCUCGCGAACGCGGACGCAAAAGAGGAGGAAACGCAUGCAGCAGUGACAGAAGUCGAGCGAGGCACAGGCGAGGAGGACGAGCGAGGAUCCGCGCGAGAAGAACGCGUGAGACAUGACGAGGCAACCGGGGCACUGAAGGCCGAGCAAGGGGAUACGGAGAAGCGCGGAGAGUCUGCAGAGCCGCGACGCGCGAAAAGCGACGGACUCGAAGGCGAGCGAGCCGCCCAACUCUCGCGCGAAGGCGCGGUGAGCGCGGACGACCGGGGAAAAGAGCGGCACAACGAAAAGAAAGGAAACGAGGCUGAAGAGAGCUGCGCCGAAGCCUCAGCAGAGGACGGCGAAUCGUGCCUCUCUGGGGCUGGACGCCAGCCUUCCUUUUCGCCUCGCGGCGAGUUCGGGCUCCCAAAGAGAGCGCGAAUUCAACCGAGAAAGCCAUUCGCCUCCUCAGCUUUCGCGUCGCGAGCCGGGCCUGGCCUGCGGCGACCUUCUUUCGCUCGAAUCCAGCGGGCGCUGCUGCGCGAGGAGCGGGCAACCUCGGUGCGGAGGCGCAGAAGCGAACGACGACGCACUGCAGCGAAAGAAGAACGGCUCGACGCGCGACGAGGCGCGAGCCAUAGCAAACAACAGAAUGGCGACUCAACAAGAGACGCAGCGCAGCAAGCGCCGGCGGCUGAGGCGUCGCGGAGCCUCGCGGAAGCUCGUCAGGAACCGCAGAAGACGCAGAAUCGAAGCCGAGAGGUAGAGGAGGCAGAAGACGCGAAAGCCAAAACCGAAGCAGAGAGAGAGACGGCCAGACAGAGGACCACAGAUCAGCGCGGAGACGGGGAAGGCGAGGAACUCUACGGAAUCAAGUUUGGUUUCAACAUCGCAGCGGAGAGACGCGAGGGCGACUCGGAGGGGAGGGACGCAGGAGACAGGGGGAACCGAAGGCUUCACGACUCGCGAGACACAGCCGAAGUGACCGGCUUUGAUAACGAUGUGAAUAGGAACCGGAGCAAACAGGGAGAAGGAAGAGCAGAUACGACCUACGCAGGCCAGAGAGAAACCAGAGGCGCCACACCUGCUGAAAACAAAGCAUGGAGCGUGAAUGUCAGGCACCCAGGCAAAGUGAUUGCUGACGAAGAGAGCGGCGGAGGAAGAAUGGAAACAAUCGAGGCACGAGAGAGGAGUCUUGGCGCUCGUGAUCAGCAGAAGCAGCGAGAAGCCGGCGCAACCCCUCUGAAGGGACACGACGAAGACUGCAAUCGAGGAGGAGGCGAAUGCGAAGGAGCCAAGACGCGCGCAGAAGACACCAAGACUGCAGCGAGAGAGACGACGAGAGAUGAAAAAAAACAGGCAGGGCAAACAAGGACGCGAGCAGAGCACGAACGAAGGCGCAUCAAGGCAGCGGAUCAAGACGACGAAGAAAGGAAAGAAACACUUAUCGACGCAAGAAAUCGUUCAGCUUUGGGAGCUGCUUUUUCACCAGCAAAGAUUGCCGCAGAAGACCCGCGUGGUGCCACUCAGUCUGUGCCGGUUUCCACGUUUUCUUUUUCGGGGUUUUCUUUCAACCGAGGAAGCGACGAGGGAGGAGACUCCGCGCGCCCCAAGCCGACACCGGUCUUCGCGGUGGAAGGAGAGCCAGACGAGCAGAAGAAGAGGAGCAAACGCGUCGAUGAAGGGACGACGAGAAGGGACACGGUUGCGCCGACAAGCGCAGCUGGGAAUGCUGAGGAAAAAGCGAGACAGAGAGGCAGCAAAGAGCUGGAAACCUCAGGCGAAAGCAAACAUGAGGAAGAAAUCCUGACAGCUAGGACGUGUCAGAAGACGAGACGGAGGCGAGAAGGCAGCAGCCGACAGACCCACAGAAACCAACAGAGCGCGGACAGAAACGAAAAUGAGGAAUUGUUCAACUCCAAUAGAGGCUCGCGCGGGGAACUCAGAGACCUAGUUUACGACAAACGAGAGACGACGCGAGCAGACUCCGCUCUUUGCAGGGAGGAAGGGGGAGCGGCGCUGAGUCGCUCUUCACGCAUAACUGCGAGAGCGAACGAGGAAGAAAAGAAAACAACGAAACAAAGACCCAGAAAAAAUGGGACAGGAAAAACUGAAGAAAGGGACCAACAGGAGGGAACCGGAAUAAACAGGCCAGCGACAGCCAGAGGAGGUCAGAAUCAAGCCGAGCGAACAGACGACUUUCCAUCAUCUUUCUCUCCUCUCGGCCUGCUUCUCGGUCCGUCCUGCCCAUCCUCGUCUUCAACGUCAUCCCCUCUUUCUUCCGCUGGCCUCUUGACUUUUAUCGCGCCGCCUGCGGGCGCGCUUGCGCCUCUUGAAGCCACGAGAACUGCUACGCCCCUAUUUCGAGACGAUCCGGGGAUGGAAGGCGAAGAGAGGUGCUCAACGGAGGAGGAACCCUCGCGUUUCUGCGAGCGCAGAAGACGGCGGAAGGAGAAAACUAUCGACGAAGACAUGCAGGCUCUGAUUCUGCUUUUCAAGUCUUCCUCCCUCCAGCGCACACCCAAGCCUGCGCGAGCUGCCUCGCGCCUGGCGCCGCGCGACCUCCGAGGCCGGUUCGAGCGUCGCGGCGACGAGGAACAAGCAACGAAAAAUCACGAAAAAAUCAGGAAAAGCCCAAGCCAUCUCUGGGAGGAAGGAGAAUACGAGGAAGCGCAGAAACUGAUUGAAGCAUUAGCAGGACCCCCUGUCCAUCGCCUCUCGCCGCCCUCGCGCGCCACGCCUGCGGCCUCUCUGUCUUUCUCCUCGGAAGCGGCUGCACGUCCUUCUGUCAAUCCCGCGUCUGCUCCGGCUCCUUCCUCCGCGGGGCUCUCUGCGCUGUUGGAGCUCUGGAUCACCGAGGGCGAGAUGAUGUGCCAUGAAGAGGAGGCGGCGCUCCUCGCCGCCUCGCUCGCAGCGGAGCCGCCGCUUCUGCCUCGCUUUUCGGACGCCUCCGCAAGCCGCCGAGGCGGCCAGAAAGCCCUUGUGGUGGGCGGCGGAAUCGUUCGCGCCCAUUCACAACCGACAGUGCAGGCCGCGGAGGACUUUCUGCUUGCCUGGCCUUGUUCGGAAGCGACGGAUCCAAAGGAAGCGCUGCGUGGCUGUAGUGCUGCAAAUCCACCACAGACGGCUAAGCUCGCCUUUCCCGCUGCUUCGUUAACCCCCCCUAGCCCCGCGCUGAGCGAAGCCGGUGGCCGGUCCGAGGCUCUGUUGCGCAGGAGGGACGAGACGUCGCAUGCCGCGUCCUCUGCGAACUGGCGUCCUCAAGGGGCGCUUUCCCCCUCCUUGUUUUUUCAUCCGCUAGGCUCCUCUUCGACGACUGUGCCCGUGGCGGCGCCGUUUCCUCCGGCCUCCGUCUGCGUGGCUUCAGACCUCCCGCAGUCUCCGCGCUCGCCCGCGACCGGCUCCGCGCUCCCCUUUCGGGCCUUCGCGGCAGUUGGUGACUGCUGCGCGCCUGUCCAAGGCCCGGCACUCGACGUUUGGGUCGUCUCGGCUGCUGUGCGAGCAGAGGCGGCUGAGGUCUCCUUUGCCGCAGCAGACAGGGAAGGGGGUCUCUGUGAGGUUUCGCGUGCGCGUGACCUGUGCGCAGCUAAGCGCGGGAGGCGCGCUUCGCCGCCGGCUCAGUUGGACAGCAGAAGCCUUCUGAGCGGCAUCGCGGCGCCUUCUCGGCUCGCGGCCGCCCCUGGUCCCCCUGUCCCUUACGCACUGCUCUCGGCGUCAGCUCCAUCCGGGGCGGCCUCGCCUUCGUGUACACGCGUCCCGCUUCCUCCGGCGCCACCGUCUCCGCCUUUUCAUCUGCCUUCUUUCUGUCCCGAUGCCGCUGGCCUGACUUGCCACAUGGGGUCAUCGGCGGCCGCGUCAUCGCCGCGCUCGUUUCCCAGCUGCCUGGAGGAGCUCCCAGCGCACUGGGCCGCGGAGGGCUGCUUCGGGGCGAGAGCGCACGACGGCCUGUCUCCUCUGUCUCUGUGUGUGGGGUCGGAUUUGUCUCCGCUGGCCUGUCGCGUCGCCGGCGCCUCGCUACGAGACCCUCCGGACGACCCGGGCGACAGGGGUGCAGGCGCCGCGCCUGGCUUCGACGCGCUCGACGUGGAAUUUCUUCCUUCACAGCUGCUGCACGAAGCGCGGUCGCAGUCGCAGGCGCCUUCCUGUCAAGCCGCCGCGAGGCGCGGAGACGCCGAGAAAAGGUCUCAGAGGCGGGCCGGGAGAGCGUGCGGCGCACCCGACAGAGACAGCCUGCGAGACUUCGCUCGCGAACUCCGUCUGGGGACGAGCGAGAGAAGAAUAUCGACACCUGCAGCCGCCGCGUUCUCUGCGGAGAGUCGAGGCCAAAGACUGGAGACAGCCCUCGCAGAUCUCGCCUUCACGAGCGCGCCGUUCAGCUCGCUCCCAACUUUCGCGUGCCCAGACAAGACGCUGCAGGACGAGCGAAACCCAUGGCCUGAAGCGAGUCAAAACGAGAGCAACGCAACAGAGAGAGAGAAGCGCGACGAGGGUGGUGAGCGCCGCGACGCAAACGAGGGACGAGGUGCAUCAGAGCCGACCGAAGAGACAAGCAGCAAGGGGGUUCAGGCCUGGCUGGAAAGGUGCUCCGAGUUCUUCACCCGAAGCCUCUUCGUCAGCGACAAAGCAACUCCUCGCUGCGAGGCUUCAGCGAUGAAUGUAUCCGGGACCCCUGCUGCCGCAGCCGCUAGGCAGCAUCCGCCCGGCAACAAAGGAGGCGAGAGAAGUUCCUCGACGUGCUUGCUGGCGCCGCACUGCCUUGCUGAGUCCGCAGCACCGCAGCCCGCAGCUGUCGCAGCUGCGAAAAAAGGGAACCCAAAAAGGAGAAAGAGCCUCUCGGCGGGAGUCCAGACCGACGAACUGCGCGAGGAGGAGAUCUCGGAUCUCGGCUCGGUCUUUGGCUCCCUUGUCAGCUCUUGUCCGUCUUCGCUCUCUUCACGCCUUCCCGCUCGCUCGCCUGCGCCGCUUGCUGGUCUCCAACUGCUGCGGGAGGAUGCGGAGCGAAGGGCGAAACAAGUCACACGCGCGAGCUCGACGCACAAGGAGGUGAAAGAGAAGCAAGCCUCGGAAGCGACACAGCAACCCGCGACCAGCGACCUCCGCGGCCUCUCACGCGAGGCGACGAAGCCGCAAGGUGCUGAGGCACUCGAAUGCGGAUCUUCAGGCCAGGCGUCCUCUCUUGCGCCGUCGCCCGUUUUCCCCUUAUCCUUGAGGACGCCUUCUCCCGCAGCUUCUGCGCCGCCGAGCAUAUCCCUCGGAGGCGGGGCUGACAGGCCGGCGUCUCGCGCGGGCGCUGCGACUCUUCCGCCGCAGCCUUCGAGUCUCCUCCCCUCGUCCGAGGCAAAGGAGGCGAAAGCCGCGGCGCGCGCUUCGACGGGGAGCGCGAAAGAAGGGAGACGGCGCAGCAGCUCCCGCUCGUCUUCCCUGCCUUGCUCUGCGUCGCUUGGUUCUUCAUUCGCUUCGCUCUCCUCUUCACUGUCCUCGUGUUCCGACCUCUGCCACCCGCGCAGGGGGCGGCGCCCGCGGCUCUCCGUCGGCGUGCAGGUCUGCAGCCCUCGGCAUGCGCCUCCUCGAAGGAAAGGCGACGCCAGCGCAAGGCAGCUCGUGCGAAAGAAGGCCUUCGCGACUUCGUCGCAGAGCCGCGGAGCCUCACGGCACGAGGCCGGGGAAGCGCGGGAAAGCGAGCACAAGCCCAGUGGUAACUGGCUCGCUCACACAGCCGCAGAAGGCGAGGGCGAAGCCUCGCAAGUCUCGUCUUCUUCCUUCAAGUCGCUCGCUUUUUUUUCGCCGCUUCCUUGCCGCUCCUUGGAGUCCGCUGCGCGAGGCUGGUCGGCCUCGGGCGCCGGAGGGCGGGGGGCUGUGCGGCCGUUGUCGAGACGGCAGGAGAAAAACGUCUCCGCAGUCGGUUCUUCCGCGAGUGAGCGGAGCCUCAGGCAGCAGGGACACGUGAAGCCGGUGGCGGAGGAAGAGUCCGUAGAGGCCGCGACUCGCCGCUUCUGCUCGCGAAAGUCCGCCUCCAAGAAGCGCGCCUCCCUGGAGCUCGCUACGGGUGGCGCAGAAAAAGAAGCCGCGGAGGCUCUCGCUUCGGGUCUCGCGACUUCACAAAGCUCUCAGGCGUCGCAGGUUCUUGCUCGCUCGCUGUCCUCGAGUUCUCUGCUUCAACCGGAGGACGCGAGCAAGUAUCUCUUCGCUUUGCCAUGCUCGCCGUCGCCUCCUUCCCCACGCUCUGCGUGCGAAGGCAUGGCGAACGGAGAGGGUGCGCCGGGAUGCGGCCGUUUCGUGAGGAGCGGGCGCGGGAGCGACACUGCUUCGCCCUGGGUCCUGUCGGGCGUCAACCGCGCGGCCGCGCUGGCGGUCGAGGCCGCGCUGGAGAAGGAAGAGGAGCUGAAGAAGCAGCUGCUUCUGCUGAAGGCGCACGGGGAGGCGCACCGCGUCCGCCUGGAAGAGCUGCAGCGGCGAAAGUCCCUCUUCGAGCGGCAGGAGGGAGACCGCGAGGAGCGACGCCAGGCGCAGCUUCAGCUAGCGAAGGAGGAAGACAGGCGCAGGGAGGAAGCGGCGCGAGCGCGCAAAGCCGCCGCGGCACUCCGUUCAGGUAAGGGAAGAGGGCUCGGCCCUACGGGAGGCAGACAAGGCGACUGGAGUCGCUCGCCUGCCGCGGUGAGGGGGGGGCGUCGCGCCGCGUUCGAGAGUCGCACGCGGCGCUUGAGUCAAAGCGCCAAAGAUGCAGCAGACCGGCUGGCCGCUGCCACAGAAGAACGCGUGAGGAGUCUCUCGCGGAAGGCGGUGCAGCGCAUGAGGAGCCUGAGAAAACCCUGCGACGCCGCACCGCCGCAGUCUGGCGCGUCGCGCGCCGCCUCGCCCUGCUCUCAGGGCUCGCCGCCGCCAGUUGGAGAGGAGAGAAAAGGAAGCUUAGAAAUGCAUCUGCCUUAUGCCCGCCCGCCGCGUGACGGCAGCUCGCCCGCGCGCCGGCCGUCCCCACGCGGGAUUCUCCUCUCGCCCUGCAGAGGGCGGGCGCGCGGAGGCCCCCAGGAGGAGGCGUGGAGGAGUCACUCGGCGCGUAGACGGGGGCUAAGGCGACGAGCCGAACCCGAGAAGGUCACAGUCGCUCACGACGUGCGCCGCAGAGGCAGCGACGAGGUGAUAAUUCCGGCGGUCACGGCCUUCUCCCACGACUCGGAAAAGGGACUUUCGAGGCUACGCGAAGCCCCCCGCGACGGCAAGGAUCUCCGCAGGCAUGCGCAUGCUUGCAGAGAGCCUCACAGUCGGUCUCCCCGCACCUCUGAUGGUGCGCGUCAGAUGAGCGCCGGAGUAAACCCUAAACGCGAGCGGCAGAACGAGGCGUGCGCGGGCGAGCCGAGAGAGCGAUGUUGCGGAGGGCGGAGUGACGCGAGGCGAGAGGCGAAGCCCGAUGAGGGGGCGCGAAAACGCACUCGAAAGCGCCAGAGGCUGCUGCAAGCGGCCGCAGUCGCGGGCGCGACGGUGACCACUGCGGGCGCCUCGGCAAUUCAGUCCGUAAGGGACAAGCUGCGAAGGCGACGAGAGAGGAAGGACAGAGAAGGCUUCUCUUCGGCUUCCGUCUCUGUCGAGAGAGACGGCGACUUGUUCUCUUCUCGACUAGCGAAUCCGCCUCUGGGGAGACAAUGA